GAAAGCUUUAAAGAAGCAAGGGGAUUUAUCCAGUAAAACUGAGCAGGACAUAUCAACCUUUUCUCUCUUUUUCUUUGGAGCUCUGAAAAUGGUGCAACCUCAGUAGCCAUCAUCUGCCUUGCCCUUCCUCCUCCGACUUUUGCAACAAAAUGCGCUCAAAGGACAAAAUCGCCUAUUUUUACGACGGGGAUGUGGGUAGCGUCUACUUUGGACCGAACCAUCCCAUGAAACCACACCGGCUAUGUAUGACCCAUCAUCUUGUCCUCUCAUAUGACCUCCACAAGAAGAUGGAAAUUUAUCGGCCCCAUAAGGCGUAUCCGGUGGAGCUUGCGCAAUUCCAUUCAGCUGACUAUGUUGAGUUUCUACAUCGGAUUACGCCCGACACACAGCACUUGUUCUCGAAUGAACUGGCAAGAUAUAAUCUUGGAGAAGAUUGCCCUGUAUUUGAUAACUUGUUUGAAUUUUGUCAAAUUUAUGCCGGUGGAACAAUAGAUGCUGCACGUAGGUUGAACAAUAAACUUUGUGACAUUGCUAUAAAUUGGGCUGGCGGACUACACCACGCCAAGAAGUGCGAGGCAUCCGGAUUUUGUUACAUCAAUGACUUGGUCUUGGGGAUCUUGGAGCUUCUAAAACAUCAUGCCCGAGUAUUGUACAUUGACAUAGAUGUGCAUCAUGGUGAUGGCGUAGAAGAAGCUUUUUAUUUUACUGAUAGGGUGAUGACGGUUAGUUUUCACAAAUUUGGGGAUAUGUUUUUCCCAGGAACGGGUGAUGCUAAGGAAGUAGGAGAAAAAGAAGGAAAGUUUUAUGCCAUCAAUGUCCCACUGAAGGAUGGAAUAGAUGACACUAGCUUCAAUAGACUUUUUAAGACUAUUAUUUCCAAGGUUGUUGAAACAUAUCUACCAGGCGUGAUAGUUCUCCAAUGUGGGGCAGAUUCUCUUGCUGGAGACCGCUUGGGCUGCUUCAAUCUCUCCAUUGAUGGUCAUGCUGAAUGUGUUAGGUUUGUGAAGAAAUUCAAUUUACCCUUACUGGUUACAGGAGGCGGUGGAUACACGAAAGAGAAUGUUGCUCGGUGUUGGACUGUUGAAACUGGAGUUCUUCUUGAUUCAGAACUUCCUAAUGAGAUCCCAGAAAACGAGUAUAUCAAGUAUUUUUCUCCCGACUUCUCUUUGAGGAUUCCAAAUGGACAUAUAGAGAACCUAAAUAGUAAAUCGUAUAUUAGCACGAUUAAAAUGCAAGUCUUGGAAAAUCUCCGUUGCAUCCAACAUGCUCCUAAUGUACAAAUGCAAGAGGUUCCACCUGACUUUUAUAUUCCCGAUUUUGAUGAAGAUGCGCAGAACCCUGAUGAACGUGUGGAUCAGCACACCCAAGACAAGCACAUUCAGCGUGAUGAUGAAUAUUACGAAGGAGACAAUGAUAAUGAUCACAACAUGGAUGAUGUGUAAAAUUGGCAUGAACACCGUUUAUUCUUUUGGACAUAAUUUACUUCCUUUCCAGUAAGGGAAUGUUUAACUAGAUACCGAAUUAUGUUAAAGGCCUGUUCAUCAAGAAACAAGGAAUUCACAGAUGUGUCUGUUCAUAUUGGGUUUGAGUUAUUCCAGUGGGUCAGAGGUGUUCAUCUUAAGCUUUAUUUGAUGUACAGUUUCGGCGUGUAUGUGAAAUUUUAGAAGCACGGGAACUGAUAGAAGCUAUAGAAAGUUGGCGUUCUUGGCCUUUUCUUCUUGGGGAUUGAGAGCACCAAAUUGCUUCUUUCAAAUCUGUCAACUAUGAAAUCGAAGCCUUUAUAAGUUAAAUCCUGGUCCUUCUCUACCUUUCCUUGA